UCAUCAAAAAACUAAUUUUACUUUUGUGGGGGAUCCGAAACAAAAUAUUAUGGCUUUUGCCGGUGCCACUGAUGAUAUUUUUCAAUUAUUAAAAGAAAGAUUUGCCGAUUGUGCUCAAAUGGAGAUAUCAAUUAGUUUUCGGGUGCCGGAAGAAAUUGCGGCCGUGGCGAAUGAUUUCACUCGGAAAUUUAUGCCUCACAAGCCGAAAUUAACUACCAACCAAACUAACGGUGGAAAAAAGCCGGUGGUUUUUCUGGCUGGUUUAGAAAAAGGCUAUCACUUAACCCCUAGUGAGGAAAGCAAAAUAAAGGAAAGGGCAAACCAAAUUAGCGAAGAAGAAAAAGAACCUGAGGACAAAAAAAUAAAAAAAAUUCCCAAAUUAGAAAAAAAGUUAGUGGCCGAAAAGAUUAAAGCCAAAAAGUUGGAAAGUCAAAUUAAAUUUAUACUAGACAAAAUCAGCAAAUUAGAAAAAUCUGCCUCCCGAGUCAUUCUUUAUCGUAAAAAUGAAAUUG